AGUGGGACGGCCCAGCCGUGUUGAGCUGCCUGGCUCGUCUCGUUCGCCGCACUCCUGUUUGUGAGUGUAUGAGCCACCACUUGAGCACUUUACAUGACUGGAAAAAUUAAGGUAGAUGCUAAUUUACCGGCUUCGAGGUAGAAGACACGUUUCCCAUCCGAGGAAAGAGGUUGUUUUUAUUGCGGAAGGAGACAGAUUUGGUUUUGCUGCCUUUUCUUCCAGCCAGCGGCAGAGAUCUCUGUUACCGAGCGCUUAGCUAACAAGCUAACUGGAACUGUUUUCACAUACAAGCUAGUAUAGUUAGCUUGCUAACAGGCUAGCGAACGUCGGCUUUAGAAAUGUAUUGUCUCGGUUUAUCUGUUGUAAUGUUGGAACCGGCUAUAGAGCCGUUAUAUGAACAAACUGGCGUGAUAUCUCCUAUGAAAUGUUGAAUGUUUUAAAGCUCCUGUCCUAGUUUGGUUUAUAAUCUCCAGUGAAACCUUAAGACUGGAGUGUAGACAAUAGUUAACUGUCUGGGCAACAAGUCUAGCUCACUCUGCUGCUUUAACUCAAUUAUGUACUCGUAUUUCAUAUUGUCGUUAAUAUCCGGAUAAGACAGAAACUAUAGCUCGUGGCAAAAAUAAUCCUUGUGGCUCAGCAAAGGUGGCGUUACACAAAGAAAAGUAGAGUGCGACUUAGGAUGUCCAGAUUUGAGUCCAUUCGGUAGUUUGGGAAAAGCUGUUGUCAUUUUAUCAGCAGCAUCACGACCGAAGAGGUGGAUGGACAUUAAAAAUCGCCCACAUGCGUUGGAUCAGCUCCCGGACUUGUGAAAGGCAACCGAAGCAGGAGGAGGGAGACGAAAGCUCGCAGCCCUUGCAGCCCGGGGGAAGAUGGCGGAGCGCUCCCACAGGAGGUGGUGAGACCCAAACUUCGCAACUUGUCGGAUUCACAGACUCGCACCUUAUUUCCGAUCGCCGGACACAUGCAGGCCAAAAAACGAUACUUAAUCCUGUUCUCCGCCGGCGCCUGUCUCAUUCUGCUGUUGUGUUUCGGGGGUAUACAAGUCCCGCUGUCCGGACAGGGUCCCAGCCGGCGCGAUGACCGCAGCCUCGCGGGUUCUCACCCCGGGGCGCGGUGGCGGCGCCUCCAGGGAUACCUGCAGUCUUUCAGCACCUUUGAGAAGGAUCGGAGCGAUGACCUCGGCGAACACAUAUCUCCUAGGCAAAAGAGGGACACCAACUCAUUCCUGUACACUGGAAAACGAUGCAGAAUGGAGUCCUGCUUUGACUUCUCUCUGUGCGAGAGGAACGGAUUUAAGGUUUAUGUGUAUCCGCAGCAGAAAGGAGAAAAGAUCUCGGAGAGCUAUCAAAACAUUCUGACAUCCAUCGAGGGCUCCAGGUUUUACACGCCAGACCCAGCACAGGCCUGCCUGUUUGUCCUGAGCUUGGACACUUUGGAUCGGGACCAGCUUUCACCUCAGUACGUGCACAACCUGAAGGCGAAAAUCCAAAGCCUUCCUCUCUGGAACGAAGGCAAAAACCACAUAAUCUUCAAUUUAUAUUCCGGCACAUGGCCAGAUUACACAGAAGAUCUCGGCUUUGACAUUGGCUUUGCCAUGCUGGCCAAAGCCAGCAUAAGUACAGAAAACUUCAGGCCUGAAUUUGAUGUUUCUAUCCCCCUGUUUUCGAAGGAGCACCCCAGGACAGGUGGAGAGAGGGGCUAUUUGAGACAUAACACGAUCCCCCCUUACAGGAAGUACGUGCUUGUUUUUAAGGGGAAGAGAUACCUGACUGGAAUAGGGUCAGACACAAGGAAUGCUUUAUACCAUGUGCAUAACUCUCAGGACGUGGUCCUCCUCACCACCUGUAAGCACGGGAAGGACUGGCAGAAGCACAAGGAUGCACGCUGCGAUAAGGACAACACAGAGUACGACAAGUAUGACUACAGAGAGAUGCUGUACAACUCCACGUUCUGUCUGGUUCCUCGGGGUCGCAGGCUGGGCUCCUUUCGUUUCUUAGAGGCUCUGCAGGCAGCUUGUGUGCCAGUGAUGCUCAGCAACGGCUGGGAGCUUCCCUUCUCAGAAAUCAUCGACUGGAACACAGCAGCUGUGAUUGGGGAUGAAAGACUACUGUUGCAGAUCCCUUCGACAGUACGCUCCAUCCACCAGGACAAGAUUCUGUCUCUGAGACAGCAGACGCAGCUCCUGUGGGAGGCUUACUUCAAUUCUGUGGAGAAGAUAGUGUUGACCACGCUGGAGAUCAUCCAGGAUCGCGUUCUGGAGCACAACUCCAGAAGUAGCCUCAUGUGGAGCAGCCUUCCUGGUGGGCUCUUCACUCUGCCUCGCUACUCCACUCACCUGGGGGAUUUCCCCUUCUUCUACGCUACGCUGGGUAUCAAGCCGUACUCGAAGUUUACAGCAAUCAUUCAUGUGGUCACCCCACUGGUCUCCCAGUCCCAGCCAGUGAUGAAGCUGCUUGUAGCCGUUGCCAAAUCCCAGUACUGUGCUCAGGUGAUCGUUCUUUGGAAUUGCGACAAGCCUCUUCCUGCCAAACACCGCUGGCCCGCCACCUUGGUUCCUUUUAUUGUCAUAGAAGGAGAAAGCAAGGUGAUAAGCAGCCGCUUCCUUCCCUACGACACCAUCCCCACAGACGCUGUCCUCAGUCUGGAUGAAGACACUGUGCUGUCCACCACAGAGGUGGACUUUGCCUUCACUGUGUGGCAGAGUUUCCCCGACCGCAUUGUCGGCUACCCGGCCCGCAGUCACUUCUGGGACAGCAGCAAGGAGCGCUGGGGCUACACCUCCAAGUGGACCAACGACUACUCCAUGGUGCUGACCGGGGCCGCCAUCUACCACAAAUAUUACCACUACUUGUACACCACCUACCUUCCAGCCAGCCUGAGGACAAUGGUUGACCAAAUGUCAAACUGCGAAGACAUUCUUAUGAAUUUCCUUGUGUCAUCCGUUACUAAGCUACCGCCCAUUAAGGUCACGCAAAAGAAACAAUACAAGGAAACCAUGAUGGGACAGAGCUCCAGAGCGUCCCGUUGGGCUGACCCGGACCAUUUCGCCCAGCGUCAGACCUGCAUGAACAAGUUUGCCAACUGGUUUGGCACCAUGCCUCUGGUCCACUCCCAGAUGAGGCUGGACCCGGUCCUCUUCAAAGACCAGGUGUCGAUACUGAGGAAGAAAUACAGAGAAAUCGAGAGGCUAUAACCCCCACAGAACCCCCCAGCUCCCUGUGCUCUGCAGACGCAACAGAUGUGGAGACUGAGUGGGGAGGUGGUGGGAGGGGGCGGGGGGUGACUUGAAGAAAAGAGCAGAUGAUCGUUUAGAGUUGGUUCCAGGGAAACAGGAAGUGAAGAAACUGGAACCAACGUGAAGGACGCCACAUUUUUUUUCCCGUCUUCUUUGUUGUCCUUCUCUGUCUCUCCUUUCAGCUGCUGCUGUCUUGUGUUUGUCGUUCAGGCGACUGAACUCAUAACAUCAAUAGCUACCUGAACAGGUAAAUUUGCUCACCUUUGGUCACAGAGUCAGAAAAUUACAGCUUGCUGCAUAAAAGUCCCCAACAUUGACAAACCCAGUGCAAGUGACACUGUGUGUGUUUGUACACUAUGCACAUGUUUGUGAACUUUUUUUGCUGACAGGAUAUUAAUAACUACGGAGAUGACAACACUAUUUCGGAUCGUGUUCAACUAUUUUUUUAUACGGUGUACAAAUGGCCAGCAUGACUCUCUCUUCUUUUUUUCUCCUCUGUUGUCUUAAACAAGGAUGGACAAAGAAAAGUUUGAAAUCCUCUUCAGAGCCCCAGACCAGCUGGUGAUUGUUGAUCUGACAAUGCCUCAGCAUUUAUCAAAAGGUUUUGUGGAUCUGGGAAUAUGACAGAUAGAAGACCGGGUGCAGAUUUUGCGCCUUGAUAGCCCUGCUGUCUUUUUUUUGUGUGUUUGUGUGUGUGUGUGUGUGUGUGUGUGUGUGUCGUCUCUCCGUGAUCUGUUAUUUUCCAUAUUACUGAUAAUGUUUUGCAUUUUCCAGAUUAUCAAAACGGUUUGAUGAAAAUAUAUUUUGCAUUUGCAGUCAAGCAAACAAACAAAUGUCUGUAUGUGCCAUUCUGAACAAUCCCCCUCGCCCAGAGCCAACAUGAACAGCUAGGUAGCCCACAUGUGAAUAGAGAUGCAGAUUAUUUUUUUCCAUUCUUAAUGACUCUGAUAAAAACCUGGAUUGUUUGCUUGAAUACAUGCUAGCCUGAGGGAUGCAGGUGCUUCAUGUGUGUUGCCUUGGUGAAGGGAGGCUCGGCUUGCCAACAUGCCAGAAACUGGUCUAUUAAAACAAAAGCCACUGUGAAAUCUACAGAACUUUUUUUUUUUCCUUGUUUGGGCUUUGGUGAAUGAGGGAAAUUUAUUUGUUAGUCCAAUUUCAUUUGGUCAAAUGGCAGAUAAGGCAGCAGCAAGCACCUGACACAGAGAAGCAUAUCCACCAAAUUUUUGUGAAUAAAUAUGAAAUCUCUCAGUAGCUCUGAUAAAAAUCAAUGAAGAAUGUUUCACGAUCGACCAGCUGCAUUCACAUCAGACCUAAAUCGACCCUCGUUUGUUCCGGAUCUGCUGUCAAAUUGGGUUUUUACACUCGCUGGUUUAUUAUGCUAUCUAACUUAGAAAUACUCAAUUAACAAUCUAGUUCAGUGUUGUUUUUUGUUCUGACCUGUCAUAUCAUGUUAUCUUAAGAUCUUGUGAAGCUGUUUCAUGUCAAAGCCAGUAACUCCUUCCCCCAACUCAUCUUGUGAUGGCUUUCUAAAGAUGAAAGAAAAGAUGGUUUUGGUGAGCUCAUUCUCCCACCUUUAUGUGCCAAUGGAGCAUUUCUUUGUAUUUUUUCAUCUGCAGUGGGGAAUGCCACACGUUCCCUCCUUAAUCACGUACUUUCUGACUGGAAUGCGAGUGAAAACGACGGGAAAGAGUUUUUUUUAGUGCCGGAGCUCCACAGACGGAGAGGGCGCUCGGUGUUGCUCUCCACUUCUGAGAAUGUGUCAUCGGCGUGAAAGCUGAUAAACAAUCCCAGCUGAAUGAACAUCGUGCUGAAACAGAGUUCUGUUUUAGACGUGAACUUGGUGCAAUAUAAGGGAUGACAUUUUUUGUGAUGUUUUUUUUUUUUUUGUUCUUCUUUUUUUGUUGGUUAAUGUUUCAGAGGGGGGGAAGUUAUGUAUUGAUGUGCCUUCAGAGGAAAUACACUUGAGAUUUUUAUUUUCAUCAGCCUUGCACAAAAAAUCCUGACCCUGUUAUUUUAAUGGCAGUUCUUCAAUAUGCUUUUUUUUUUUUAAUCAAACCUUAAUGACACCCCAAAUCAUUCUAACACUAAAACCUCUGAUUUACUGUUAGUUGUUUAUUAAUACCAUUUUCUGUUUUUUACUUUCCUGGGAUGUUUGUCAGUGUCUUGUUACACCCGUCUCCACUUCCUGCCUUGCGUCAGACUGUGGGAUUCCAACCCUCCUCCUCCUCAUAUUCGUCACAGCCGCAGUAAUUUAUGGACGGACAUCUGACAGGAUUCAUCUCUGGACUCGAUGUCCGCCUGCUUCCUUCUCUCUCUCUCUCUCUUCCGAGCCUGGACCCUUUGCUUUUUAUUUUCUUUUGUUUUUCUUCUUUUUUUUUAAGACUGAUGGAAAGAUGGUUAAAGAAAAUCAUGGUUUUGUUAAUUAAUUUUAUAAAAACAGAUUGAAACAAUUUGUCAAAUAAAAAUCUUUGAUAUAAACCAA